CCGGGCUGGUCUUGCAGUUGGGAAUUGAGCUCACGAUGCUCGCAGCACUGGUCUUGGCGCUGGCAGCGGUCGCGCAUGGCGGCCAGCAUGAAGAGUACCUCAUCUUCGAAGACACGUUUGACGACGCCUUUGACCUCUCGACGUGGAAGCACGACAUUACGCUUGGCGGCAACGGCAACCGCGAGUUCCAAGCCUAUGUCAACAGCCGCAACAACUCGUACGUCAAGGACGGCAAGCUGCAUUUGCGUGCGACGCUCACCGACGAGGCGUAUGGUGAAGACGGCGUCACGCAAGGUGUCAUGGACCUCUGGGGCACGUCGCCGUACUCAUCGUGCAGUUCGCCGCAGUUUGUGGGCUGCCGCAAGACCGCGAGCGGUCUCGACAUCCUCCCGCCCGUCCAGAGUGCGCGCAUCCAGACCAUGGAGUCGUUCUCGUUCAAGUACGGCCGCAUCGAGAUUGCGACCAAGCUGCCAAAGGGCGACUGGCUCUGGCCGGGCAUCUGGAUGAUGGCCAAGGACAACAAGUAUGGACCGUGGCCGUCGUCGGGCGAGCUCGACAUUAUGGAGUCGCGCGGGAACGGCCCCGACUACACGGACGACAAGGGCAACCCGAUUGGCAACAACCGGUUCUCGUCGUGCUUUCACUUUGGCCCAGCGUGGAACAAGGACGCGUACCCGGUCGCGGUCAACGACACAAAGGCGCUGCCAAACCACCGCAGCUACGGCGAAGAGUUUCAUACGUUUGGCUUUUACUGGGACCAACACGAGAUGUACUCGUACAUUGACACACCAGACCAAGUCGUGACGCGCGUCGCGGGCUACGGCAAGCAGUCGUUCUGGGACAUUGGCCUCGCCGCGAACGCAUGGAAUGCUUCUGACUCGUACAACAACUUUCAGGACGGGCCGAUCAAUGCGCCGUUUGACCAAGAGAUGUACCUCAUCCUCAACGUUGCUGUUGGUGGCACGUCGAUUGCCAAGGGCUUCCUCGACAACGGCUACUUUCCCGACGAUCGUGGCAACAAGCCAUGGCGCACCAACGACUCGUUUCCGCAUCACAGCUUUUACAGCCAAAAAGACAAGUGGAUCGAGACGUGGAACCAAGGUGGCGACCGCGUCAGCGACAUGGCGGCCAUGCAGAUCGACAGCGUCAAGGUCUGGGGUCUCCGUGGCCUCUCGACCUUCACCAACUCGAAGAACCCCGUGCACCACUACGCCGAACUCGAGACGCAGCUCGCCGACGACGCAACGACGUGCGACGCAUGCGCGACGUUUGCCGACGCACUGCCGACGUGCAUGCAUACGACGACGUCGCAGUGCUUUGCCAAGGGCCAUGUGGGCGCGGCCUGCUACGACAAGACGCGACCGUGCACAGCGCCGACCGACCGACUCCUCUUCCACGACGACUUUACGUCGCUGGACAAGGCCAAGUGGCAGGCCGAGGUGACAAUGACGGGCAACGCGCAUAGCUUCAUGCACAUGAGUGUCGACCGCCGAGAGAACGUGCAUGUGGACAAUGGCCGCUUGGUGCUCACGCCGACGCUGACCGACGCCGUGUAUGGUUCGCUCGACAACUCGACGAUCGACCUCUGGGGCAGCGGUUUUGGCGACCAGUGCACGAGCAACUACAAGUUUGGCUGCCUCCAGACCGGCAACGGCCUCGAGAUCCUCCCGCCCGUGCUCUCGGCCAGCCUUCGCACGGAGAAGAGCUUUAGCUUUCUGUACGGCCGCGUCGAAGUGCGCGCCAAGGUGCCCCGAGGGCAGUGGCUGCGACCGACUUUCCGGCUCUUGCCUAAGUACGACAGCUACGGCGAGUGGCCGCAGAGUGGCGAAAUCACGCUCUUUGAAGGCACGGCGGCGACGCUGCACAGUGGCGUGACACUGGGUACGUUCAACGCUUCGACGCGACUGGAGUCGAUCGCGUCUGUCGACGACGGCGCGUUCCACACGUAUGGUCUCUACUGGGACGAGACGCAGCUCUACUCGUACGUUGACGACCCGGCCAAUGUGGUGGCAACGGUCGACGGCUACGGCAACACGUCGUUUUGGUCGAUGCUGCGCGCGACAGGCGACGAGAACGAGGUGUCGCCGUGGCGGCAUCGUCCGCUGCACGCGCCGUUUGACCAGCUCAUGUAUCUCAACAUUGCUCUGCGCGUCGGUGGCAACGACGGCUUCUUCGCCGACAGUGCCAAGCCCUGGAACGACUCGGCGGUCGACCACAAGAAGACCUUUUACGCGGCCAAGGAGGCGUGGUUGCCGUCGUGGAAGGGAGAUUCGUCGCUGGAGGUGGACGACGUCAAGGUGUGGGCGACGACGAACGCGAGCAAGUGGGCGUACCACGGUGCGUUUGACGCGGCGCCUAUUGUGGAGACGACCAUGCUGGGCGCCACUUCGAGCCCGGCGGCGUCCAUUUUUUCUGAUACGUUUGAGACGCUCAACAUGCGCAAGUGGAAGCCCGAGAUUACCAUGCACACGGACGGAUUUGGCAUGUACGUCAACCACCGGCAGACGUCGUAUGUCACCAAUAUGACGCUCCACUUGCACCCGGCGCUGAGCCGCGACAUGCUCGGUGACUGGAUGCUCACACAAGGGUACCUCGAUAUGUGGGGCACCGACGUGCCCAGCAAGUGCACGGCGGCGGCCAGCGCCGGGUGCGGGCACGUCAACACACCGGACGACAUGGCCAAGCCCGUGACGCUGGCCGCGCUCCGGACCGCCGAGACGUUUAGCUUUCGCUAUGGCACGAUCGAGGUGGCGGCCACCCUCCCGCUUGGCGACUGGCUCCGGCCCAACAUUGCUCUCGUGUCGAUGGACAAUGUCGGCGCCUCGAUCCAAGUGCUCGCGGGGCGCGGAAACCGCCACCUGACGGACGCGACAAGUGGCGCCGACUGGAGCUGGCGACGCGUCUACAGCGGUGUGUGCGUCACAUCAAGUACCUGCAACGUCAAGUCGACGUUGCUGCCAUCGACGCCGUCGCGUCACAUCUAUGGCGUGACGUGGACCCCGGACGAGAUCAUCACGUACGUCGAUACCCCGACGAAUGUCGUGAGUCGCCAGCCGACGCCGCCGAGUUUGCAGUCGGAUGCGUACCUCGUGGUGCGACUGGACGUGGGUGGGACGUCGAGCCUGGCGCACCAAGCGUUCCCGGCCGAGGCGACGCCGUGGAAUACCACCGAGCCGUACCCGCACACGAGCUUUUACGCAGCCAAAGACGACUGGUGGCCGUCGUGGGCCGACGCGCCCACGCACGUGAGCGUCGAGGCAGCCUUCAAGAUCCACAGCGUGCGCGUGGACGCCGUGCCUUCGAGCCAUUGGCGCUACCACCGCCUCGUGGGCGACGCCGACCAGACGUUAGUGACCCUCCAGACGACAGCGCCGAUCGCGUCGCCGACGUCGACCGUGGCGUCGGUGACGGCCACGUACACGGGGCCAGCGACUGCCACGCGCGCGUCGGUGCUCGCGUCCUUUCGGACGUAUCUCGAGAGCGCACUGACGGGCAAGGACCAUGUGGUCUACGGUGCGUCCAAGGUCGGUGACACGGUGAUGGCCACCGUGGCGUACGAAGCGUCGGCGCCACUGGUUUCGAUCGAUGACCACAACCAUUUCAAGGUGACGGGUCUGCACACGCUGGGUGCGUCUGUCUCGAUGGACGUGGAGGAGGCGCCGCACACGUCGAUCUUGCGCCUCAGCGUCUUUGCCGUUAGCUCGCUCACGGUCGCCUUGCUGAGCGUCGUGCUUGUGCGCUGGGGCCUUGCGCGCUUGCGCCGCCGCAAUUACAUGCCCAUCACCGCCUAAGGUCUUAUAAUUUUUCAUUUGAUUUUCGUUCGCUUGGGAA